AUGCUGGUUUCAAAAUAUUAUAACAAUUAAAAUUUUUCAUGUUACCAGGUACUGAAAUUAUUUUUAACAUAGUUUGUGCAUUUUUAAUUUUAAAAAAUUUUUCCUGCCACAAAGGACAAUUUUCAUUAGCUCAAGCAAAAACUUGUCUGCAAGAGAGACAGAUCAAUUGAUAUACAAUGCAAAGCAUUCAUGCUGAGAGAGAAUCAAUCUCUGAUCACGGAAAAUUGUUUGGCAAUAAAAAUGAAUUGAUUACAUUAGAUGUUGGAACAAACAAGUAUGUCAAUUUCCAAGCAAAAUCAAUUAUUUCCUUUGCCAUGAUAGUCUAGAUAUUGGGUCUCUUUGGUCUGACUCUCAGGGAAGACAUGUUCUGAAACCCCAAUAUUGUGGAUGGCAUUGCUGAAUCUGAAAAUUCUGCGGAUCAAUAGAAAUUGAUUUUGUGGUUUUACUCAGGCUAGCUAGCAGACAUUUUCAAGGGAAGAGUUAUAUAGAGACUGAGUAUUAGAAUGUGAGAAGAAACCUAGUGGGGAAAUUCUUACUCGCGUAAAAGUGCUAUUGUUUAAGAGAAUUGAUGCAUCAAUGUUUUGGUAUGGUGAAAUUAAGAGACUUAGAACUGCAAGACGUGUCCAAGAGUUACAGCAGAAAUUUGCUUCGUUGGAUUAGGUAUUGAUUCCAGUGCAAGAAGUCCAUAUAUUGUUGAGUUUGUCUGGAGCCAACAAGGAUUCACAGGAACAAUGGCAGGCUUCUAAGGCCAUUGAUUUUUGGUAGUUAGCCUUUAUAGACAUGUCAUCACAAUCUUUUGAUGAGUCCUCCAACUUGGUGAUAGAGGUAACAUCUCCCACUGAGCCACAUAGCACUGGCGCUGAAUCCACAGACUUCGAGGACACAGAAAAGUCAAAAUUCAAAGAAAAACAUAAAGGAGGACUCCAUUUCAUUAAAAAAAGAGCUAAAUCACCUUUUCGCAGUCCAUUAAAAUCACCCAUAAAGUCGCCUUUCAAGUCACCCAAGACAUCAUCAAAAGCAUCGAAAGCUGAUGAAGAACUUUUGACAGAGGAUUACAAAGACAUUGAAAAGAAAAUCAGUGAAAAAAAAACAGAGGAAUGGCAAAUGUUUCAACAGAUGCAGGACAGAAUCAAAUUAAAUGUGUUAAAAACUAAAUCCAGUCUUACAAAGCUAACUUCAGAAUCUUCGGAGGAACAUUUUGAUGACAUGGAAGGAAAAAAAUCCUCAGGGGAUGAUGAAAAUAAUCUUCUCGAAGGAGAAAACUCUAGUGCAGACAAUGAAAACUCUUGUGAUACUGGCGAAUUGUUGAAUUUAGAAUUACAACAGCUCUCCGUAACUCCAAGAGGAAUUCCAAAACCUCCUGCAAAUAGUUUACGAACAAGCAUGGAAAAUCUGAGCGAGUCACAAGGCCCAUCCACUGAUACAGAAGGAGAUUUACUGGGUUUGUCAGAUGAUGUGGACAACGGCAAUGUGGAGCAACAACCUGCUGCAAACAGUGCUUACAUCAACCCAGACCUCUUAGAGCUAGAUGGUCUGAUGUCUUCUACCGAUUCUCCCUAUGAGAGUAGCAUGCACAGCAGCUUUGAUGAGUCUGACAUGACCUUCGGAAGUAAUAUGCACAGUGCCAGAUCCUCAGCUAGAACAACUCCCCUGGGAUUUGAGCAGGGCUCGUGGAUUGGAACAUCCACACAGUCCAGUGCAAUGACUUCUAAGUUUGUCAGUGACUUGGUGGAUGAGUUUCUACAGUUGGAUACUAUGAAAGAGGCAGCAGCAUCUGCUGAGGUAAAUCCAUUCAGCACAUCUCAGAAAUCAAACAAUUUAUUGGACUCAUUAGACCCAUUUUCAUCGGUAUCUGGUACCUCGAUUACCUCACAAACUCAAGCAAUUGUAAGUAAUGUAAACGCAAACACUACAUUGUUAGAUUCCACAACCAGCAGCACAGUGCAAAUGCCAUCAGAACAAGUUUCAUCUCUUGAGUCAGACCCAUUUGGAUUUGGCAGUGUUGAAGAUACCUCUGCUAAAAAAGAGCCACCUCAAGAGGACAUUCUAGAAACAGGAUUACCUACAGGACUUGAUGGUGCUCCAGUACUAUUUGAUCCUUUCAAUGGCUGUAAAGACAACACGAUUGGUCGCUCAAUUUCUCCUCAUGUGUAUGACAAUUUUGGGUUUGGCUUGGCAAAUGCUUCAGACGCAAAUGAAAACAAUGAUGAAGAUAGUGUUGAUCAUGCAAACUUACAACUUGAUUCAGGGACAACAAAGGAGUGUGGGAAUUUUGAGAACCUUAAUCCAUUUUUAACAGAUGAAAACCCCUUGAGGGCAGACGUAUUUGAAGAGAAGUUUUCAGAAUUGGGAAACAAGACUAAUUCAUCCAAUGUAGACCUAGCGUGGGGGUCUCAAGGUGAAGAUUCUGUAGAAAAGCAUUCCAUCAAUCCCUUCAAAGAUGACUUUUUUGACACGGCAAUAGACAUUGCAAAUGAUCCAAAUAGGACAAGAAACAAUCCAUUUCUUGAUGAUACGUGUGAAGUAGUGAUGAACAUUGACAAUGCUCACAAUCCUUUUCUAGAUUUAGACACAGACCCUUCCUAUACAGGGGAUUUGACUGAUUUUGGUUUGUCAGAUUCUGGUGAUAUUUUAAACAGUAAUAAGACUUCAGAACAAAAACUUUCAGGCACAAAAUUGGACGAUUUUGAUCCUUUCAGGACAAUUGAGGAAUCUCAAGAGGACUUCAUUACAUAUGAGAAAGCAAAGGGAUUGUCAAGUGAAGCAGAUAUAAGUAGCUCCCGAGGAAAAGAAGCAGAAGUUGCAAAAGAAAACGACAAUGAGGAAGAUGAUGAUGAGGAUGAUGAUGAUAUAUUUAAGUUAAAAAUUAAACCCAUUCCUGCAGAUCCCAAUAAACCAAAGGUACCAACAGACUUUGGGCCAGUGCCCAUGUUAAAGCCACCACCAAAAAUACCCAAGUCACCACAACCUCCCAGAGUAAAUCCUUUUGACAGGGACUCACCUCCAGAAGAGAAUUUUGCCAAAUUUGAAAUCAUGCACGAGAAGAAAGAGGAAGAAGAAGCAACCAUGCCAGAACAAUCUGUCAGUUUCUCCACCACUAUAUCUACAACAGGAAGUGUCACACCUGAAGAGGAACAGAAUUUGGAACCUCUGGAACCAUUCUAUGUUGAGGAAGUCAAAGACGGCUGGAAACUUAUGCUCAGACAGCCAACCAAGAAAAAACUCACCACAAAUCGCUUCUGGAAAGGUGUGAUUGUACGCUUGGUUAAAACAGAGGAGGGCCCAGUCAUUAAAGUGUUCAGUGAAAAAGACAAUGGUGAGUGCUAUCAUGAACUUCCCCUUCAGCCCUGUUAUUCUGUGUCUGAUGUAGCUCAGCAACAUUAUGAUCAGUAUGGAAAAAUCUACACUUUGAAAAUUCAAUACAUCUUUUAUCGUGAGCGUGUAGGCAUAAAAACAGAUAGAAUAACGCCUUCUUUUGUCAAAAAACCAAAAGCAACUAUGAUUUUGGACCACGCUCCACAAGUCUCAGAAAUGAUGAAAUUAGGUUCAUUGGAUAGGAAUGAAAUCAAAUCGUUUGGAAGGGCAAUCGAAAAUGCUCUGAUGCACCUGGAUGCCCAUAGAGAGAAGACAUUGACAUAUGUGAAGGAAGAGGUUUGUGCAGAGGUGGUGGAUGAAUAUGAAGCAGAAUUGGAUAAAGCAGGUGUGCUUCAAAAGCAGAAAGCAAGGGUCAGGGUGUUCUUCCUAGCCUUUGUGACAGGGAUGCCAACAUGUGAGGUAGGUCUGAAUGAUAGGCGAAGAGACGGGAAAGAAGUGGUAGGACGCUAUGACAUCAUCCCCAUCAAGACGGAAGAGUGGAUCAAACUAGAGGAUGUGGAGUUCCAUUGCUGUGUGGAUUUAAAAGAAUAUGAGAAGACAAACAACAUCAAAUUUCAUCCUCUAGAUGCUUGUCAUUUUGAAGUCAUGAGAUACCGUGUUCGACUACGCCAGAACAAAGAACUUCCUCUCCAACUCAAAAUUCAGCAGACAUUGUCAGAGAAAAAAUGUGAAAUUCGGUGUGAUUUGCUUGUGACGGGUUAUCAUUCCUUCAGCAAGAAACAUGGACAAUUUCCUUGUGAAGACAUUGAGGUGCAUUUUCCAAUUCCAGAACAAUGGAUCUACCUGUUUCGAUAUGAAAAGAGGUUCCGAUACGGCGCAUUCAAAUCUUCCACUCGGAAACCUGGCAAAAUAAAGGGACUUGAGAGGUUGACCAUGAUUGCUCAAGGACUAUUGACGCCAACUCUGAUGGAGGCUGAUGUGGGUGGUGCAAAAUACGAACAUUUAAACAGGGCAGUUGUAUGGCGUAUUCCCCGGUUGCCAGAAAGAAACGAAGGUGCUUAUACCUCACAUUUGUUCAAACUGACCUUGGAGUUCGGGGCGCACGAUGAAGUUCCCGAAUCCUUUGAACAGUUCACCACCGUAGACUUCACCAUGCCAUCCUGCACCGUGUCCAAGUCUCAAGUCCGGUCCAUCUCAGUGGAAAACCCCACCCCACCAGAAAAGUGGGUCAAGUACCUCGCCAAGUACCACUAUAGGAUCGAGAUAGACCAUCGAGACGAGAGGGCUCAAUCUGCCAAGAUGGCCACCAAGGAAUCUCCUGCUAGUGACAGUGAAUGACAAUUGACUGACAAUGAACUGACAGUAUUUGACAGUAUCUGACAAGUUGUGUACUGGUGAUGUUUAUUGAUUGUGUACCUGAUUUUUUGAAAACUCUGAGACUGGAUGCUGCUUUUAAUUGUUGGACCAAAAGCUAGUCAGUGGUUCUUGUUGCUGUAUAGGUUUUUCAGUGUUGAUUUAUAGGCGAACACAAAAAAUGUAUUGAUUCUGUCUUAGCAUCAGUUGUAGGUUUGUGGUCCUAGCUACUUUAUUCCUUGAAAUCCGUAGGAUUAUAUCUUUGUGGAGAAAGCUGACGCAGCUUAAUAAAUGUAAUUUGUUUGGUAGGUCAUCCACAAAAUGACUGCUCUUCAGUUUUAGUUUCUGUGUUAAUGCUGAUUGGAUGUUUGACAUUUUAUAUGAUUAUAGCUCACGUACAGCACAUCAUUUACAAAAAGGUUGCAAAUUGGCUAGGUUGAAAUUAUUUACUUUAAACUCCUGAUGAUAUUAAUAUAGUCAUGUUCAUUAAUUAGCAAGUUUAAUUACUCUAUGACACCUGCUUUAGAGAUUAAUGCACACGGUUUAUAUAGACUGAAAAAAAUAAUUACCCCGGUACACAUGUUGAUAUCUAUGAGAUACAGGGUUGAUUCAGAAGCAGAUUAUACAUAAAUGCUCAUUCUGGAUUGUCAGUCUCUUGCUCUAAAAACAAGAAUCAUCAUAGAUUAUUUACAAAGCAUGUAGAAACAAAAUACUGUAAAUUCCUUAUAUAAUGUGAGUACUUAAUUCCGCGAUCCCGCUGUUUUGUAUCAAAACGCGAGAAUAUGAAAUUGCAAACACGGAAGUUUUAUCCUUAUUUCUUAUAGUUUUCAACUCAAGAAAAUAAUGGCGAGAUUUUAAAAUCCGCAAAGGGUUCUUCUCGUGAUUUUACGGGGAUAUUAAUUCCUCACGUUUAAUUAGGAAUUUACAGUACUGCAUGAAUAAUAUUUAUACCCACAAUACUCUAGAUCUGGAUUGAAAUAUAUGUUAUAUGUUGUCAACAUUUUUUGCUUAUUGAUGAUUCUAUUUCGAAUGAUUAAGAAAAAUUUACAGUGUUUGAUUUGCAACAUUUUUUUUUUACUGCUUUGACUGUUAAAUUAAAUAAUGAUUUAAAACAUUAUUGAGAUUUUAUUAUUUAUACAUUUUAAAAAAUAAUUUAUCAAUUUUGUUAAAUCAUUUUCAAAAUACAGAUUCUGUGAUAAUAAUUUGUGUCCACACAUCUACAAUGAAAGCACUAUUUUGUGUCUUUAUUAUUUAUUUUUUAAAUUAUUUUUUCUCUGUUUACAUAUUACACAAUACAUGUAUAUAGAAUAUUUAGCUCUGCCAAUGUCUACUUUUUCAUGCACUGAAUGUUAAAUAUCUGUCGCACAGAGUGUUGAAAUAUAAAGAGAGUUUGCUUUUUGUUUUACAUGCAUACAUAUAUUCAGAUGUUUUUUAUGUUUAUAUUUCAUUGAUUUUGUUAUGUUAUUUGAUAUACUCAAAGACAACAGGGACUGUUAAAUUACACGCAUAUAUAAAUUGGUCUAUGUAUACAUGCAUAUUUUUUUGUUUACACUUAAAGUAUAUACUUGCAUGUAAAUGUAUUUAUUAUGUAGCCAAAUAGUAUCAUCAGUAUUUUUAAUUACUCAUUAAGUACAUGUACAUUGAAAAUAUUCUAUUUUAUUUACUGUUAUAUCUUAACAUAAGCCAGUAGAUGUUUAUGUAUGGAAAAUACAGUCAUGACGACACAGAUUUUUUUUUUUAUUCAAGCUCAUAUGUUGAUCAUUAUGGAAAGAUUUUUGCCCCCAAUAAUACAUAUACAAAUUUAAAUUUAAACAGAAUUACAUGUAGCAAUGCAGUGCAUUUUGUACCUUUCACUUAAUUGCUAUCAGAGCAGAAUACAUAUUUGAUGCCUUUCGGUGUUGCCCACCAGUAGUAGCUAAAAUUAUGUGGAUGUAGAUUUUAUACAUUGAAGUUAAACUCUAGCUUCUCUAAACGUUUAUCUUUGAAAAAAAAUUCACAGUUUUUUAUUUGGGAAUUAAUUGAUACAAAUACAAUUUAAUUUCGUAUUUUUCACACCUUAGAUUAAUUGAGAUGUGUAUGCACGAGUAGACUGGAAAUAAUAAUAUAAUGUAAACUUUGUACUCACUGACUAUAGACUGUGUAGAAAUUGCCAUGCAGUACAUGAAUAUGCUACAAAUAAAACAUAAAAUCAUUGUAACAUAUAGUCUACUGGCACAUUUAUUUAGUCGUAUUGUACAUCAGAAGGACACGCCCCUUUGUCAGCUAGCCACUUCAUUCAACAUGUAUUCUAUUGAUGUGUCUUUAAGUGAUUUAAAUCACAUGGUUCAAGCCAUUUCAAUAUUUGUUAUUUUUUUUCAUAAUUAUUUCACUAGACUGUUUCUGCUAAAAAGUUAGCAUUGCGUCUUGACCCAAACAAGUUUUUGGUGCUUACAGGCAAACACACUCAAGACUGCAUUCUCUUUUAUACCAAUUAGCUGCUAAAGUUGUUUGUUUUUUUCUGUUUAAAUUUUUUUAGGACUGUUUACAAUUCUUUUCUUGACCAAAGAUUUAUUUCCUAAAAAGCAAGCUUUGGUAAUUUGGGAUUGUAAUGUUCUAGCAGUAUUAUGAUUACUUUUUUCUUUUCUUUUUUUCUUAGGACUUUUUUUAUAUUUUGCCUGCUUUAACCCAAAUGGCAUAUUACAUAUUAAGAUACAGUGUUGUCCAGUAUAUAGUUACAUGUGGUACGCGAGUUCACUAUAAAAUGUUAUGUGCAAUGUGUGCAGAUUGUUGAGAAAAGUAGCAGAUUCAAAAAUAAAAUUGUUGAUAUCAAAGAAG